UUUUACGUUGUAUUGGUUGAGCACGCGGUGUAGCUGUUAAGAUCACGCGCUCCGUUUUUAGUCUUUCGCGCGCAUUAUAUGGUAAGCGCUAGAUUCUGUUGUUUUGCAGAACUCAUACAGAUAAUUCUGGUGAUUAACUUUAACCAUACGGAUGUACCAUCAUUGGACUUUUCAUCGUCAACUUUGACCCAGGACAGCAGAGUAAACAUCAGCAUUUUAGCAUCAGCUACAGUUGUCAAUGGCAACGCCUGAUUCAUAUUCUAUAUAACGUACGUUUCAAACGAUAGAAACAUAUACCAUCAUCAUUGGCAGAGACGGACCACUUCUAUUUAAAAGAAUGGAACGCCCAACGGGUUAUUUGCAAAUAAAAGAGCCAAUCACAAUUCAUAUACAGACAUCGCCUUUCAAUCAAGUCGCUAACGCGCAUGCGCAUUAUCUAUACAAGUCGGGAAACAUGCGUGUUUUGGCGUAAUGUAAGUUUUUGAAAUGGCGACGUUCCCCCAUUCAAGUAGAUAGGAAGAUGAACUAUCAUGACUGGAAAUGGCCUCCCGAGAGCGUUCCAGAGAUGCCCGACUGUGGACUGACUUGCUAGAGGUAUGAAAAGGAGUAGAUUUGAAGACGACUCUGGAACAGUACACUCUGUUCAAGACACCGAGCUGCGAGCAAACAAGCUCCCUCGAUCAGAGGUUGAAAAGAUUAUUUCAAAUAAAGUAAAGACUGCAAUUGAGCUGUCCGACCACAAGAUGAAAGAUCUUAUGGGGAGAAUAAGUGAGGUGAACAGUGAACCAAGAUAUGAUGCAAGAAUCCAAAAACUGGAAGCACAUGUGAUGAAGAUAAAACGAAGGGGAGAUGCGGUAUUUGCAUAUGUCCGGAAACUCAGAUCCUUGGGGAGUCAGUCUCUCCCUACUGUAAUUUACAGUGCUGCUUCUCGGCAGCCACAGCCAUGCAUCUCUGCAGCUGAACCAAGAAUCAAUAGCAUGUCCAGUGUUUUACUCAAUGGAGGAGGUUCCAGUGACCGAACUUCAGUUUCGUCAGCAGAUAAUAACUGUGAGGUUGCUGCUUUGAAAAGACCCAAGAAGGGGUACUGGGAAAGUCUGCUGUCAAAGGAACAGGUUGUAGACCUUACAGAGGAAGACCGAGGUGGACCAAAUGAAAAGAUCCUUGUUACCCAGCUAUCGGAUCAAAGAAUGAAACAUCCAGAACGAUCCAAACCCCCAAGCAUACCACCCACAUCCAUGAAAGCUGAACCAAACCAGAUCGUUAUAGAAGUGCAGAGGACGGACUCCUGAGAAGAACAGGAUCAGCAGCACCUGUGGCAGGUUGAACCUCCUCAGCUGGCGAAGGCAGCGGUUGCUCUGCUGGGCCUUUUUCGCAAUGGAGUCAAUGUGGGUUUCCCACUUCAGGUCCUUUUGUGAUUGUAGUGCCUGGGAACCUGAAGGACUCCACUGCUGCCACAGUACAAUUUAAAAUGGUGAGCAAAUUGAUGUUGGGGUGUUCCGCCUAAAGUCCACAAUCAUCUCCACUUUUUUGAUUGUUCAGCUGCAGUUUGACUACACCAUUGAGCCAGCUGUUCAUCCUCCCUUCUGUAUGCAGACUCAUCGUCAUCCUGGAUGAGGCAGAUGACUAUAGUGUUUUCUGCAAACUUCAGGAGCUUGACAGAGAGGUCCUUGGUGGUGCAGUCAUUUGUGUACAGGUAGAAGAAUAGUGUAAGGAAGUAAGUAAGUAAAAGUUUAUUUAUAUAGCACCUUUCACAGGUAUGAGGCCACAAAGUGCUUCACAACUAAAACAUUUAUAUCAUAAAAUACACGCAAUAAAGGCAUAUACAGUACAUGAUCAUGUCAACCCACAAGCAGCUAAUUAAAAGCCUGAACAAAUAAAUGGGUCUUAGUCUGCAUUUGAAGGCAUCAACAGAGUCAAGAGAGCGCAUAGACGGUGGGAGAUCACACCUCCCUGGGGGCACCAGUGCCGAUUGUACAUGUGUUGGAAUUUAAUUUCCCCAGUCUCACUAACUGCUGCUGUCAGAAAGCUGGUGAUCCACUGACAGAUAGAGGUGGGAACUGAGAGCUGGGUUAAUUUAUGCCAUAGGAGAGCAGGGCUAAUGGUGUUGAAAGCCAAACCGAAGUCCACAAAUAGGAUCCUUGCAUAAGUCCUUUUGUCUGUCUAGAUGUUGCAGUGUAAUGCAAUCCCAUGUUGACCGUAUCAUCCACAGAACUGUUAGCUCAAUAGACAAACUGCAGGGGAUCCAGAAAGGGUCCAGUGAUGUCCUUCAGUUGGGCUAACACCAGUCUCUCAAUUGACUUUCAUGACCACAGACAUCAGGGCGACAGGUUUGUAGUCAUCAGUUCCUGCAAUCUUGGGUUUAUUUUGGACAGGGAUAAUGGUAGAGCGUUUGAAGCAGCUGGGAACUUCACAGUUCUCUAGUGAUGUGUUGAAGAACUGUGUGGAGAUGGGGGCCAGCUGGUUGGCACAGGCUUUUAGACAGGUGGGUGAAACACCUUCUGGCCCUGUGCUUUCCUUGUCUUUUUAUGGAAGACCUGGCACACAUCCUCUUCACAGAUCUUAAGUGCAGGUUGAGCAGCAGCAGGAGGGAAGAGGAGAAUGUUUGCAGGAGGUGUUGGUGUUAGUAUGAAGUGAAGGUCAAAAAACUUCAAUCAGUGCAGUCAAAACAGGCUUGUUGUUCCAGCUCUGAUUCAUUGGUCCAUCUCUUUACAGUCUAAACAACAGGUUUACUACAGUUACAACUACAGUGCUCAAUAUUAUGUCCGAAAGAGGCGAUUCUCAAUUUAAUGUACUGUUGACUUGAAAGCUGCUGUCCUCUGAUCAGUGCACUGUUGCAAAUGGAUAAUCUUCAUGCGUUGAUAAAACGGUAAUACAAUAAAGUCAUAAACAUAUUUCCAGUGUUUUAUUUGUUAUACUUUCUGCUGUUCAGAAAAAUAUACCACAAACAUACAUUUACAUCAUCAUCUCUCAGUGUGUCGGAUGCCUCCAAAAGAGGUGAUUCUUAGUUCAGUGUACUGCUGACUCGAGAACUGCUGCGACCGGAGAAUUGUGAACUUGUUGGAGCUGUUCAUUGCAAUAAAGGGUUAUGAAAAGCAGUUAUCAUCAGUUCUAGGAUCAUAUUACUCCCGGUUAUCGACUCCUUUCAGGUUGGAGUGUCCGGCACAUCCGAGAGACAGUUUAAGAUGGAGUAACUUGUGGAUCAGUCGAGAGGCGAACUGUUUCAAACGAUUCAGUCCGAUUUGCUGAACUGGUUCAACUCGUUCACUAAAAAGAAUCGGUUCAUAAGAAAGCUGUUUACAAACUGGACAUCACUAUUAUUCUGCUAAAAACAAAAUACAGUUUUUAGGGGACUAUCUCUGCACUGUUGGUCCAUCCUUUGUGUUCAGCAGAAGAAAGUCAUACACAUCAGGGAUGGCACAACAUUGCAGUUUUCAUUUUUGGGUUAACUAUCCCUUUAGUAAAAGCCUAAAACACUUCCUGUGCAUGCAUGGGUCAUUUGUGAUUGGCCCCUUAGAAUGCUAGUAAACACCUUUUAACCUUAUAUUGUCUGUCUUGUGUAUAACGAUUAAUUAACAGCAGUGGAGGAGGACACUGUCAGUUCUUCAGUGCAAUUUGAAGAGGUAUGCUAAUCCUGAAUAUUUUCUUAUUCACCAAAGAUUCUUGUAUCAUAAUGGUCAUCAUAAUAUUUCAAUAAACAUUUAAUUUCUGUAGGAUUCAAUUGACUAAGUGUGUUUUACUGGACUGUCCUGCUUUUUAUAACUCUAAAAACAUCCAAUAAAGAAUUUUCUGAAUAAAACCGUUGUGUAAAGGUUUCACCAGGAAAAAUUGUAUUUCUAUUAAACGUCAAAUUGAAAAAUCUUGUAUAGUCUUUGUUGUAAGAAUUUUGUUUUGUUUGUCAUAUAUAUAUUUUUUUUAAACGAUUUUGAUCUUUCCAUUAAAAUAUCCAUUGAUGCUGAUAUGGCAUUAAAAUAAUAAUAAAUGAAUAAUUUUUCAGUACAUAUUGUACUUUCAUUUCGUAGGAGGACUGGCACUCCAAACUACCUCCCUUCCCGGAGACCCCGUUUCCCAAGGAGCUCCCAGUUGCAGCUGCCUCUCACAACUUGCCGCAGAAGCCUGUUGUGAAACUAGCAGGAAUUGGGUGUGCACAAG